AUGAUUAUAUUGGGAAUCCUAAUUAUUAAAUUAGUAUUUGGAUAUGAAAUUGAUGUGAACACAUUUUCAAAUUAUCUUGAUGUAUAAAUUAAGCAUAUUCAUUUUGAAUGGUUAUUAAAUAUGGAAAAGAAAUAGAUAAAUGCAACAACUAAAUAUUAAUUUUAAGUUAUAGGGGAAUCAAUAAACAAAGUAAAUAACAAAAAUAUAUUAGAUAUGUUUAGAUAUGAAAGAUUUGACAAUCUAUUAAAUUUAUAUGAGCAAUGGUAUUAUUGUUAAGCAUACAGUUGAUUAUCCAUACGCUGAUAGUGAUUAAGGUUAAAGAUUAAAUAUAUUGCUUAAUCGAGAAUAUAAAAGAGAUGAAUUUGUUAUAUUAUCAAUCAAAUACUCAAUAGAUUCUAGGUCUGAAUCAAUAAGUUUUAUGAAUAAAUCGCAAACAUCAACCAAAGGUUAAGAUGGUGUAAAUAUAUUUAGUAAUGCCAUACUUAUUUACAUAAUGUGAAGAUGCUUAUUGUAGAUCUUUAGCACCAUUACAGGAUACACCUGCAAUUAAAUAAACCUAUUCUGCUACAGUAAUCUAAAAAAACAUAGAAGCAACAGAUGUUUUUAUGUCAGCUGAAGAAAGUUAAGAAUAAUUCUGGAUUGAAAAUCAUCCUUAAAUAGAUCCUAAUUUCACUUGGAAAUAUAAAUAUUUUAUAUAAAAGAUUCCAAUACCAAGCUACUUAAUUGCCAUAGUUGCAGGUAAUUUAUAAAAGACACCCACAAGUAAUGGAGGUAGAACCUUUUUGAUUAGUGAGCCUGAUAAAAUUAAUGAAUAUAAAGAAGAACUUAAAGAUAUGGAAUAAUUUUUAUAAGCAAUUGAAUAAUAUAUAGGAUCAUACACUUGGGGAACUUAUACGAUUGUUAUAUUGCCACCUUCUUUCCCUUAUGGUGGUAUGGAAAAUCCAUUAUUAACAUUUGCUAGUCCUACUAUUAUGACAAAAACUGGAAGUGGAUUAUAUGUUGCUAUUCAUGAGAUGGCUCAUUCAUGGUUUGGAAAUACCUUAACAUGUGUUAAUUGGGCAAAUAUGUGGAUUAAUGAAGGAUUUACUGUAUUUUUAGAAAGAAAGGCAUCUUUAUAUUAUUAUCAGGAACCUGAUGAUAUUAAAUUGAAUGCCAUCAUUGGAAAUGCUACUAUGUAUUCAGAUAUUUUAGAUCUUGGUUCUCAUAGUAAUUUUACAUCUCUACAUCCUGAUACUACAGGAAUCAAUCCAUAAUUAUCAAUUACUGAAAUUCCUUAUGAAAAAGGAUUCUAAUUCUUAACAUUUUUAGAAGGAAUUAUUGGAGCAGAAGAUUUUAAAUUUAUGUUAAGGUCUUAUUUGACUACAUAUUAGUAUAAAUCAAUUGACCAAUAAGAAUUCUAACUCUUUUUACUUAGAUAUUUAUAUCAACAACAAGUAGAUAAUUAUUCAACUAAAAGAUAUCAAAUCUUAGAAUAUUGGGAUUCUUGGAUUUAUUAACCUGGAUUACCACCAAUUAUUUUAGAUUUUUCAACUAAUAAACUUAUUGAAACAUAAUAAUACACAAUUUCUUAUAUAAUUGCUAAGGGAAACCAACCAGAUAAUUAUGCCGAAUACUUUAAUUUUUAUCCAUCUCAAAAAAAAAUUUUCUUAGAAGAAUUAUUUAAAAAAGCUCAAAAUAAAGAAUUAGAAUUAAAUGUUAUUGAACAAAUAGACAAAGAUCUAUAAUUAACUAUUGAAAAUGACUAUGAAUUAAAAUUUAGAUGGUUUAAAGCCAUUCUGACUGCUGGAGAUAAAACACGUUUUACUUAAAUUGCAGAAUUCUUAGGAUAAGUUGGUACUUGUGAAAUAUCCUGUCCUGUCUACAAAGCAUUAAAUGAAUUAGAUCAGUAUUAAUUUUUAGUUAUUUAAGCGAAUUUGCAGUUUAAACAUUUACAACUCAUUAUGAAUUCUAUCAUUAAAUAAUAAGAAAUAGUAUUUAAAGUAUUUUAGAAAAGAACCACUAAAUUAUUAAAUGAAUCAAAUGCAC